AUGUGUAUUGAGAAACAAGUUGAAUUUAUAUCCUUUGACACCGAUUACUUUGCUAUAUUCUUUACCAUUAACUCUUUGAUACUGUUUACAGUAGGGGCAGUUAUACUGGGAAUCUUUAUUUCAUUCCGAGACACUCCAGUAGUGAAAGCCAAUAAUCGCAAUCUCAGCUUUAUUCUCAUUGUCUCCAUCAAGCUGAGCAUCCUGUCCGUGUUUUUGUUCCUUGGCCGUCCCACUGAUAUAAUAUGCACGCUCCGACAAAGCUCUUUUGGUAUCACCUUCUCUAUAGCUGUGUCUUGUGUCUUGGCCAAGACUAUCAUGGUUUAUAUUGUUUUCAAAGCUACAAAGCCUGGAAGAUCUUGGAGUAAAUGGGUGGGAGUGAAACUGGCACAUUGUAUUGUUCUUGUCUGCUCAGUCAUUCAAAUACUUAUUACUAGUUUAUGGUUGUCUAUUUCUCCUCCUUUUGUGGAAUACAAUAUACUUUCUGAACCAGGAAAAAUAAUCAUUCAGUGCAAUGAGGGCUCAGUAGUUGCAUUUUACAUUGUCCUCUCCUACAUGGGAUUGUUGGCAUCUAUGAGUUUCAUUGUAGCUUUCCUGGCUCGGAGCUUACCGGACAGUUUUAAUGAGGCCAAGUACAUC